AUGAGUAAAAAGAUAAGCUAUGCAGAUAUUAUGAACAAUUAAAAUUAGCAGUAAUAUAAACCUUCAGAUAAGCCAUUUAGACCUUCAAGAUUUUUGAAUGAUCUUGAAAGUGUACCUGUAAAUUUUUUUAAAGAGAAAAUUUAUGAAGAGAUUGUUGUUGACUAUAUGUAUCCAUAAACAGCACGAAGAAGAGUAGCUUUAGGAAAUGAUAAAUAAAUAAUUAAAAGUGAAUGUACAUUACCAAGUCUUUAAAACUCUUCAAUUCAUAAAAAUCAAUUAUCAUCUCCUAACCUUAAUAAGGAAGACUUAAGAAAAUCUGAAAUUGUAAGAACUGAUGAGAAAUAGAAUACAGAUUUAGAAAAUAUUAAUAGAAAAAUAAAAAAAAUAAUUAAUAGCAAUAGGAGAUAAGUGACCUUUCAAUCAUCAUUAAUUGUAAUUGAUGAGUAAAAUCAGGUUGUAAAAAUAUAAGACCCAUAACAAUAAAAGGAUUAAUAGACAAGAAGAAAAACAAUUUUUAGAUAGAAGACACUAGUCUCAUGA